ACAGUGGUCGCGUAUAGCGGGUUGCAGCGUCUGUUGGUAUCAUGGAAAGUAAAAACUUAAGUCUCUGUGGUUGGUACUUAAUGACAUUUCUCCGAUUUGUCACUGACAGUAAACUGUUUUAAGGUUAGGUAACUCGCAAAUAAACAUGAAGUAUAAAAGCAAAUAUUUGCCUUAGUAUAAAUCAAAUAUUCUUUAAGGUCUGUACCUUGAAAACUUCACCAUGGCAAAGGAAACUAUGAUAAUUUUUGUGUAUGAUACGCAAAUGGUCCAGAAGGAAGAGGACGACCCAGCCUCUGCUAUACUAUACUUCCACCCAACUUGGGUGUCUGACCAGCAAAAGGCAGCUCUGUGCGGUCAGAUUAUAGGCACCAUACAUUGCGUUAAAAAUAUUUUUUCAAGUCCGGAGAUAGUGUCUCUUCAGAGCGGAAAGUUCUUUGUUAUAGAAAAUGGUAGAUACUUACUGGCUGCGGGAACAGAUAGAAACAUUAACGAUUGGUUGUUGAAACAUAGAGCUAAGACGUUGUACUCGUUACUUAAUUUCUUCCAUAAAGAUUUCGAAUCACUGGCGAGUCUUUAUAAAGGUGAUAGUCUUUCUGCGAAGCUUUAUCACAUCUUCGAGACUUAUUUGAAAAUGAUCGUUUUCGGGGGGAAUAUAUUUUCACAUGUUCCGUCGCUUGUUUUGCCAAAGAGCGCAAGCAAUGUUUUUAUGGAGGCUGUUCAUAUUCUUCAGUGUUGUCAAGAGUUUAGCUAUGUUUUGGGGGGUUGUAUAUUGUACCACAAUAAGGUAGUUGCUACGCAAGUUGGUUCAGAUUUGUCGAAACGUCUAGUACUUACGGAUCCGUACAGAAUAAAAUGCCCGGCAGAAAUAGCCGAGGUCUCUUACGAUUUACCGUUAGGCGUUCAGCUUCUGCAGGUUUAUAUUUCGAAUAAGGAAUAUUGCAACUUGUUACAGUCUUCGUUAAGGAAUAGAAACAUUUAUCAGUAUUUGAGCAAUAAAAGUAUUAAAAAGGGUUAUGGUAAAAACACGCAGCUGUUACAAGACACUCCCAUAGUAUCCGCUAUGAAACGAGAUCAAUCUCUGAUAUUCACGGCCGUCCCGGAGGAGGGUUCCGACCAUUCCGCCUCGUCUACGAACCCGCCCUUUGUGCCGGCGACAAAAAAAGUCAGACCCAAAUUCCUUAAUUUGAAAAGCAUAAGCAUAGAUUCAAGUAUAGAAAUAAAAACCGCCAAACCGGCUCCUGUGACGCCUUUCUGUGGCCAAACUAGCGUGUGUUCCACUCCUAUGACGGAACUGAAGAAGUUUAUCCACCAGAACCCACUUUUGAUUUGCCGAAAUAAAGACGGAAUAACCGAAAGUACAAACAAGACUGAGGUUGAGCUGGAGGUUGACGGAAAAUGUGCCUCGAGUGAUAAAACCGAGAUCGUUUUAAGAAAAUCCACGCCGUACGUGAACAUAACCUCCAAUUUGUAUGUCAAUAAGAAACAUUCCAGUUUAAUCAACAUAAACGAUAUCGUCAACAGUAUUUCGCAAGACGCUGAGCAGUAUUUUAGUAUUAGGAACAAGGGUCUGAUUCAGUUAGAUUUGUCUCCGAUAAGGUCCUCGAUGAAGGGAGAGAAAUUAUUCAAAACUAUAACCGAUCCAACGUUUCCAGUAUUUAAAGCCGACGGCACGAUCGUAUCGCAUCCUUAUUAUAACGAAUACGUGAAAGUUAACCUGGAGUUGGUUCGGUUGGAUCUGAAACAAAAAGAAUUCAAAAACGGCUGCUUCGAUGACUUCGAUUCCUGUUGGAUGAAUGGUACAAAAAAGACGACUGAAACUAACAAGGAACGGUCGAAAUCAGACAACUCCGAGACUGACGUAUUAAAUAAGCUUCCCAAAGUGCCAACGAGACAUAACAAGGAACACAGAAAAUCCUUGACGCUUCCGUUGAAAUCAUUCAGCAUAGAUUCCGUACAAACGCCCAGUGAACCGUUGACGAAGAGGUAUUCGUCGGGGGUGCAACUCACUCCUCUCCUGUCGAAACUGAGUAUGCUGGCAUUCGAGGAACGGUCGAGCGGUUUCUGCAGCAGGGAAACUACCCCUUGCGAUUACAGGGGGCUGACUCCUACACAACAAAAUUACUCGUUUCCCUACAAUAAAUAUAAGACUGGUAGGGAUAUAUGCAAUGCCAAGAACGAGAACGAUUCCUCGUUGCAGAGGUGCGUUUUGUUUGUUUGCGGACAGCAAGACGUCGUUUUGACUAUGUUGUUGACGGAGGACUGUGGCGAAGAACCUAGCACGGUGCGGAAGUUGUGGGAAAUUUGCACGGAACAGUUGGGUAAACUGGGGAAGCAAUUAAAUUAUUGUAUGGAAUCUCAGUCGGGGGCAAAUCUGCACGAAAGCGAACCCUACAGUUACCUCUGCCUAGACUCGGCCUGGGACACCGUGAAACGGGGCGGGCCUUGGGGUGCCAACGAUUUGGGAGCGUUGAAUGCCCUGCACAGAGAUUUUGAUGAAGUUCACAGUUUGAUGGAGAUUAUGAUGAGAGGUGGUGACAGUGUGAUCUACGGCUAUCACUGCGGGCCGUCUGAAGUUUUUUACCAUGAAUCGGCAAGUACCAAUGCUGGAUUACCUCCUCCCGCCGAUCCGAUGGGUCUGGUACAAUUAAAGGCCAAAAGACGACUCGAGCGUGAUCAUGCCAUCAUAUUACUUUAAUAACAAAAUAUUGCUCUUGAUAUUAAGUCCCAUCUCAAUACAAAUUGUGGUUUUCAGUUUUACGGGCUUUAAAUAAGUUAAUAUAUGUAUGAGGUCAUACUGAGUGUUUUAAUAUGACAAAAUUCGACCUCUUAUUUAGUAAUUCAGUUCACCGAGAUUGAAUCUACGAUUAUAAAAUUGUUUUUAAUGUUACCUCUUUUUGUAGCCUCCCUUAACCGAAGGUAUAAAAAAAAUUAUUGCAGCUGUUACGUUAAUAUCGUUGUUCUAAACAUAUUGUGAUGUACUUAGAAACCAUCUCAUUUAUAUUCAGUGUAGUUGAGUAUAUAUGUCGUGCCAAAAUUUGAUUCUGAUAAAUUAUUCGGAGAUAUAUAUGUACUAUUUACACAAACUUUUGUCCAAUGUUAGAUCUCAUUCCGUUCCAUUUCUUUUUUAUUAAGGAAAAUGUUCUAUUUAUGUCUACAACGUUUGUUAUAUUUUUCAGCAAUAGA